CAAUGCGGCCCAAGUCCGGAAGUGACUUCACCCACGAAAUUGUUCGUUUUCCUCUUCCCUCCCGUAUCCUUUUCCCUUCUCUCUCGUAUCCUUAAACUUCAGCACCAGGAGAAGCUUCUCUUUGCAAAGCGGCUCAGGGAAUCUUUCCAAGCGAAGGGCUGGGGAGUGAUUUUCCAUUGAAAAAAAUAAAGGAGGCGUGAGAAAAUCGGCAUUGGAAAAUUGACUUGCCGAGAAGAAAGAGUUAAUUUCAGGCUCUUCCCCCGACGGGGCGGAGAUUUGAGUGGGAGGAUUCUGCAGAAUUCUGGGAUUUUAUUUCGCCGCUUUGCAAAGUUACUCGUGGGAUCUUUGGCUAACCAAGUCAUGUCCGUGGGCUGCAUUUACACACGGCUGAGUCCUCUGCUUCGACCAUCCCGUAUGAUGCUUUUCCAUCAUCCAAGUUGUGCCAUCCAUGCCUCCAGUACCACACUUGCUGGACACAACAAGUGGUCCAAAGUCAAACAUAUUAAGGGGCCUAAAGAUAUUGCACGUGCCUUGGCCUUCCAAAAACUUACCAUGAUGAUCCGUUUUGCUGUGAAGGAAGGAGGAUCCAACCCAAAUCUUAACAGUAAUUUAGCCAACAUUAUUGAGGUGUGUCGAAGGAAGAAUAUGCCAAAAGGCUCUAUUGAAACAGCCAUCUCUGGUGCGGACAAAAUAAAAUCCAUCUAUCACCUUUGCGGCGUCCGAGGUCCAGGUGGCUCAUCUGUAUAUGUCGAGAUACUGACAGACAACUUAAAGAGGACUUCCAAUGAAAUCCGACAUCUUUUAAACAAAAACGGGGGGAGUAUUAUCGAAGGGAUUCACAAUCAUUUUGAAAAAAAGGGGAUUGUGACUGUUAGCAAGGAAGACAAAUCCGGCAGACCUGUCAGCUUGGAUCGGGCAUUCGACUUGGCAAUUGAAGCCGAAGCUGAAGAUGUCGAGGAAGAGGAAGAGGAGGAUGAGAAGGUGGUGCUUAGGUUUAUUUCCGCUGUGUCCACCUUGCACCAAGUACGUGAAAAACUGGAGUCGCUAGGUCUUUGUUCUUUGUCUGCUGGCCUUGAAUUCAUCCCAGUUGUCCACGCCAAGCUAUCAGAUGCUGAGAUGGAAGGGGCUGUGAGGUUGUUAGAAGCCCUUGAGAACCACGUAGACGUUGUGCGGGUAUACAACAACAUUGCUUAGUUUUACCAGCAUACCUCCAGGAGCUACUGAAACCUUACCAGCUAAAUUCUGGUUUUAUCCCUCUCCCGCAUCCAAAUCAAGAUUAUUAAUGGUAAAUGAGGUUUGCUAUGUUUCGGACAUACCUGUUUGUCUCUUUGCCCUCCUUUUCAAGUUCCUGAUCGGAAGACAACCCCAUAGCAUGUACCAAAUGGGGAUGCUAGAAAAGUGCUUGGGCAAGAAGAUCACUUGGACAACUUCUGCCAGAAAUAUCUGGGAUUGUUUCCUGGUUUCCAUUGAAGGACAGGAUGCUGUCUCAUUAGCACCUCAAUAUAACCAAACAAUAAUAUCCAAACAGAUAAUUCCCAAGCCAACAGUGAUACGUUAACUGAAAGAUCAGUAAUCUUAAUUUAACUGGAUACCUUCUUGGUCCGUUUUUCCAGCGUGGUUGGGAGAUAGUUCUGCCUUCUUCAAGCAUGCAAGCUCGUGAAAAUCCUUACACUUACACACAUACAUGGAGAAACACACAUACACACAAACCUGGAGGGCAAUGCAGUUUUUAUGUGUGAUGGACCCAGUUUGGAUAUAUACUUGAUGGACAUUAAAUGCAUCCAAAUAGCCA